GCGGGACCACGACCGCUUCCAGUCGGGAGCACAGCUACUUACAGCCGGUCUCGGCGCUCCGGGUCUCCGCGCCCCGAGGUCACCGUGCCCCGAGGUCCCCGCGCCUCAAGGUGCCUGCCGCCCGAGGUCCCCGCGCUCCGAGGUCCCCGCGCCCCGAGGUCUCCGUGGGCCAAGUUCUCCCGCGCCCCGAGGUCCCGCGGCCCGCGGUCCCCGCGCCCCCACGAUGUGGCUGAGUCCCGGGCUCCUCCUGCUGCUCGGCGGCCUGCAAGCCAGUGUUGCAGAUAUUCAAGAAAAAGAAGUCAGGGCCAUGGUGGGCAGCAGCGUGGAGCUCGGCUGCGUGAGCCCGGAGGAAAGCAGUUUCGACUUGAACGACCUUUUCGUUUACUGGCAAAUCAGCGAGCGGAACACCGUGGUGACGUACUACCUCCCGCAGAACAGCUCCAGGACCCACGUGGACAGCCACUACAGGGACCGCGCCUGGCUGUCGCCGGACAGCAUGAAGCGCGGCGACUUCUCCCUGCAUCUGUUCAACAUCACCCCCCAGGAUGAGCAGAAGUUUAACUGCCUGGUGUUCAGGAAGUCCUUAGAAUUAAAAAAGGUUCUGGAAGCCGUGGUCACGCUGCACGUGGCAGCAAACUACAGCAUGCCCGUCGUGAGCACCCCCAGCAGCCCCUCCCAGGAUGAGCUCAUGUUCACGUGCACGUCCACGAACGGCUACCCCAGACCAAACGUGUACUGGAUCAACAAGACGGACAACAGCCUGCUGGACGUGGCCCUGCAGAACAGCACCAUCUCCUUGAACUCCAGGGGCCUGUACGAUGUGGUCAGCGUGCUGAGAAUCGGGUGGACCCCCAACGUGAACGUCGGGUGCUGCAUAGAGAACGUGCUCCUGCACCAGAACCUGACCGUCAGCAGCCAGGCAGAAACUUUCACGGGGACCCGAGGCAAGAUCAUAGAGCAGCCAGGCCGUGCCCACGAUGCACCAGUCGCCAUUGUCGGCGUCCUGGCUGGCUGCCUGGUGGUGGCGGCAGUGGCCGUAGGCUGGAUGUGCAGGAAGAAAAGGUGUCUCCCCGGACACUACACAGGUGCCCGGGCUGCGCGGCCGGUGCUGGAGCUGGCUGGUGAGUCUGCCUCCCGGGCGCAGCGGGGCCCAGGCGGGCCGGGCCGCUGCCUGCCUCAGACUUGCAAAAGGCUUUCAGAAGGCAGAAGUUUCCCCUCACUGUUGUCUCCAGAGACGCGGUGAAAGCCUCAGUGUGCGCACGGCGUUUCCGCCCACGUCCCGACACGUGACCACCGCUGUGUGCACUCACCAGCACUGUGUGGGAUUGUCCCUUUGUUGUCACCACCCACGUCCUGAGAACAUCGGUCUGUUUGCCUCCAAGGCGAAAGGACUGUAUCAUGUCCUCUCUCUCCCCACUUUCCUUCCAAGACCACGCUUGACAGGCGUGCACUGCCCAGGACGAGGACAGGGCUACUGCGAGGAGCCAGCUGGGGACGCCAGGCGGCAGCUUGAGAUGGACUCGCCCGGCCUGGUGUCAAGGCAGGCAAAGCGCCAUCUGCACACCUGCGUCCCACCGGCAAGAGCAGGAGCCGCCCGGCCCAGAGGGGAGACCACGGCCGACCCCGGGGAACGCGCCAGUCCCAGAGCGAGGCCCUGCCACGCGGUGGCAGCACCGAAGACCAGUGCUCCCGAGUGCGUGGGCGUCACCUUUGCCGCCGAGCACCCACAGGAAUGGCUCUGGGGUGGGCCCCCCCCACCAGAGCCCCCGAAGCCCCCAGAGCCCGUGUGACUCAGCGUCAGGCUCCUCCAGAUACCGCGCACCCGCUGUGGGACAUGCCCGAGGCCCAAGGCGGCAGGUCCAGUUUGAGGAGGAGGACAGCAGCGCCCACCGUCUGCCAGGGCCCGGGUGCUGGGGGCGCCCUGGGUGUCUGCAGCCAGAACAGAAACCAGGAAGGAGGCCCAGAGGGCAGACCGAGUGUCCCAGCACUUGUCACCAGACAUUGUUUUUCUAUAGGAAAGCCCCCAUGGGCUUGUAAAUGAGUUUGAUGAAGGACACACCCAAGCUUUUAACAUGAAAGCAUUAGAAGACUUGUGCUGUUUGUAAAA